AUAGUUAGUGCCAGUAGUCAACUAUGGUGUGGUUAUGUAUGUUGCUGUCUAUCGAUGACAGUUGUGUGACAUCUAUUAAAACUGAUGUGCUGAUAAACAUAAAACCAUGAAUGACACAACAAAAAUUCAAUGUAAUUCUUAUAUAAGUGUCGAAUAAAGUGAUUAAUUACAAAAUGACUAAUAUUUCUUGAUUCUGCAAUAAAGAAACAACAUCAUCAUGGAGGAGAACGAACUGUACAAUGUUACAGUUCCAUCUUUCUCUGGAAUUGAACCAGCCUUUUGGAACUAUUCCGAUCAUGUCAUCCUCGAAGAUCUUAAAAUGGAUAGUAGUUUUAUAUAUUUACUUUGCUCAUUAGUGUCUGCUAUUUCAUGGAUUAUUUAUAUAGCUUAUUAUAAUAGCAGAGUCAUCGGUUAUAUAAUAACAAAAUUAUUAAAUCGAUUUUUUUUUAGAGAUGGAUAUGUUAAAGUAGGUUCUUUUACUUUAAGUGUAUUAAGUGGAAAAAUAAUGUUUCGGGAUAUAGUUUAUAUCACAACAGAUUAUAGCAUUAGAGUACAAGAUGGAUGGCUUAUAUUUAGAUGGUGGAGAAGUUAUGUUCCCAAAGAUGUAUCUGAAGAUCUCUCACAUUCUGAUACACGACUUUCUGUUAUGUUAAAUGGCUUUGAAUUGCAUGUUUAUAAUCGCUGUCAACUAUAUGCACAAUUAGAAAAAAUAUUUGGUCUUACACCACAAAUGUUUCCUGACGAGGAAAAUCAUAAUAUUAAUAGUGAUGAUCAUGAUGGAGAAUCAUUUAGUAAUACUACUCAUGAAACGCGUCAACAAAUAAACACGAUAGAUGUUUCACGUCAUGUUGAUAAUAUUAGAAAAAAAGAAGCUCAUGUUAUAGCUCGAACAUGGAGAGAUUUAAUACCUGUUAUUAAAUUGGAUGUUUGCACAGGAAGAUUGGUAUUUGGCAAUCGGUUAAUACCAACGACCUUAUCAAUAACCGUAGAGGAAGCGCAUUUUGUAUAUUCUACAAAACCGGCAGCAUCUCGAUAUGAUCAUUUCAUGCAUUUCACAAAAUGUAAAGCAGAGAAUUUCAAAGUUAUUUUAGCACCUAGUCCAAAGUAUACAGGAAUGGUAGAUGAUCCACCUAGGUAUAUGGGUGAAGGAUUUGUUGUAUUGAGCUCAAACAACAUAGAAGUAUAUUAUUACAUGGAUGAAGCUGGAUUUGUUCCUGAACAUCCACAAAUGAUUCAGUUAGUAAAUGGGGAUAUGGUUGAAGCUAUGCCUCCAAUCUGGGGCAUUGAUAUUAAAUGUGGAAAAGGCACUGAUUUCAGUUAUGGACCAUGGGCUGAUAGACAAAGAGAACAUUUAUUUAAAUUCUUUUUCCCUAAUGAUUAUCAACCACUAAAAGUUACAAAAACCCCUGUUACUGGAGAGAAAAGACAAGUUCAAUCAUUUGAUAUAAGAUUAUCAACAUUGAAUGAAGCUACAAUUGAUAUACUCUUUAGCAAAAACAGGGAAACAAAUGCAGUUCAUAUUAAUGUAGGGCCUGGAUCAUAUCUGGAAAUUACUAUGCCAUGGAUAGUUUUACAAGAUGGAUAUACUACAAAAAUAACAGGUCAAUUGUUACAUCUAGAAGCCACUACAAGUUUGCAAUAUCGAAGUUUAGUUGAAAGCGAAACGUUAGAAUUUGGUGUUAAAUGUCAUUAUCCAAUAAAGUGGAAUGAUCAUCAAGAAUGGAUGUUGAAUUUAACUGGGUGUAAAGCCACAGCUAACUUAGUUUAUUCGCACAAAGAAUUCUUUCAAGAUAUGAUUAAUGAUUGGGCCAGUAAAGCCAGACCUGAUAUUUUACAUUUUGUACCUUAUACAUGGAAGUUCAAUUUAUUGUUAAAAGAAUUUGAAUUAAUUACAUUAUGUAACGAAUAUAAUUGGAUUGAUUGUUCAUCACAGAAUCAAGAAAAUACGCACAUUGCUUUUUGCGGAGAAUUUUUUGAACUAUCAUUUGAUCUUCCAUUUGUGGAUUAUUUGCCCAUUACAAUACCUUUGCGUUUCUGGAUUCAAGGUGAAAGUGUUGAUCUUUCUUUUUAUCUACCUGAAGUCAAUACAAAUCGUACAAUUCUGUUAGCUUUGAAUAAAAAUGCAAAGAUUAUGACACGUGAUGGAUCACAUAUAUAUUUAUCAGAGUUGAAUAAAAAUAAAAAGUGGAGAAAUGUUUGUCAGAAAGGAGCUGGUUGGGUUGAUUGUUGGUCUGUACCAAUCGUGGCAUUAAGUAUCAAUUAUACAUAUCAUCCAUGUCCACCAUUGGGACCUACACCACAAGCAAAUAUAACAACACCAGAAAAAGAAGAAAUUCUUCUAUCUCCAAUGAGAAUUCCUCGAUGUAGAAAAUCACCAGGUCUUCACUGGACAAGAAACGGUAGUCAAAAGUUUGAUCCACAAUCUAUAGCUCCUGACAAAGUUAGUUUAGAUCUUGAAAUAGGUCCGUCUAUAUUAAUUUUAUAUGGAUCACUUUUAAAAAAUUUUAUACACUUGAAAGAAAAUUUGUUCGGCGAUUAUCAAACAUUUACUGAUAUGCAACAGAGUCGAACAAAUCCUACAUCCAUAAGUACAGAGAGAAGUAAAGACAGAGAUGUUCAAAAUAGCAGUGUUGAAUCUGUAGAAGAUGAGGAUGCAAAAUCAAAACCGUUUGAUCCAAGAGAUUAUCGACCAUUAGAAGUAACUGUUGGAAUUACUAUGCAUGAUAUUCAAGCUCAUUUGGUGAAAAAUUGUGGAGAAAAUGACCCUCCUUGCCCAGUUAUACUUCUGGAACGAUUUGGAUUUGAAAUGAAAAAGAAAUAUAAGGAAACAGAACUUCAGCUGCUCCUAUCACCAGCGAUCGCAUUAGUUACUGAUAAUGUCGUUCGCUCGAAUAAAGAACGUCAUUUAAAUCAAGGACAUUUAAUGUUGAGUGCAUUGCAAGUUAGGGGACAUGCAAUGUUCAGUAAUGAAGGUAGAAGUUUAGAUCAAGAAACUUUGGAAUAUGCAUGGUUGAUUGAAGUACAAUUAGGAAAAUUGACUGGGAAAAUGAGUUCUCCUCAAUUGCAUCACCUCAUUAUAUCUUUAGAAACAUUUCUAUUAAUGGUAAAGAAUAAUGAAAACAGUUUACGUCCUCCAGAUUUACCACAUCAUUGUCAUCAUGGUAUUCCACCUUUACAAUGUCCUGAUAGUGAUAUUGAGAAACAUUACAGGUGUCCUAGUUCUGAAGAUAUAAAAUAUAGAAUGACUAGAAUAGCUAUAGAUGCAAUUGAUUUAUAUUUUCAAGAAGUAGGAACUACUAUUCACACUUGGAUAUCUCCAAUUCGCGUAUCAACUUGCAAUCUUCAUGGUCAACAAGUAAAAUCUGGAGUAACUGGUGUAUUACCAAGAAUAUUAAUAAGACAAUUUGUAUCAGCAGCUGAUCAUUUUGCAAAUACAAGUAACACCAAUACAGCUGGUAGUGGAAGGUCACAUAAUAACGCAAGCAGUCGUAUGUCAGGUGAUGGAUCUGAUAUUUGGUUAGAAGUAGGAUCCGUAGCUUUAGGGCCAGUAAUCUUAGAAGCUGCUAUUUCUCUUCCAACUCCUGAACAUAAUUUACAUUUAAUACAAAAUAAAUAUUUAAAACUACAUGAUGAAGCUACCAAACGUUUAUGGUUUUUAUGGCCUCGGGAAAGUGGGGUAAAAGCAACGAGGUGUGGUUGUAUAGGUGGCUGUGCAUUUUUUGGAAAUAACCGAAAUGGUCCAAGGUUUUUUAAACCAAGCUAUCAUGAUUUUCAGGAUGGUAUAAAUGUUGCUGCAUACAGAAUUAACGAAUCCGGAAAAGAAAAAGGAUUUGGACAGUCUAUAUUGCAUAGCGGUCAACUGGUAUUUCAUACAUCACCUUAUAAUUUACAAGAUGUGUCUUUACAAGAUUAUCCUAUUACUGGAAUAAAAAUGACUGCCACGCAGGAUGGAUUGCAAACUUCGAAAAAGGGUGUCGAACGACCAAGGUCUGUGACAGAUCAUAAUAAAGAUUCCGGUAUCGAAGAAACUAGUAGUACAAAAUUAAUUACUGCAUCAGCAAGUCCAUUCGCAUGCAGUGGGGAACGGAAACUGCUGGGCAGAAGAUUUUCUUAUACAUCGAUGCGUGGAAGCAGUGUAAAAGAUGUUCCAUAUUCACGAUUAGUAGAUGCGAGUCCUGUUGUACAGUUACCACAAAAAUUAGAUUCAGAUUCAAAAUUGCAUACAGAACGCAGCAAAUCGAUCUUAAGUGUUCCUGAAAUCGAAACUGCUCCAAAAAGUAGUGUAUCUGAUUCUAAAUUAGCAGUUGACUAUUUCAACGCUUCAGAUGUAGAACCAUUUGAAUCAAAUAGCCCACAAUCACUACCGAUAGUAUCUACCGAAAUCAAUUUUUCUGAAUCAAUGCAAACAAGCGUAAAAACUGUUGAUAGUAUCAACAUUUCUGACUCUCACCACUCAUUAUAUGUAAAAUCAGAGUCUGAAGAAAAAUUGAAGCAAGAAGUUCAACGGACAAUAUCUAUGUCUUCAGAAAAUCAUUCAGAAGCUUUUUAUUCUGCUGAUGAGGAUACGAGUCAUGGAUUAAGCGGAAGUCGCACAUCAAGUUUACGCCAAUCUAUUAUCGGAUCUGGCUCUGUAUUAAAUCGCAAUGACAGUAUGAAAAAAAAGUUUUCAUCAGACUUAUCUAUUGUAGAAAGUUCAACAAAUGUGAAUGUUUCCGUAUCGGAAAAAGCACAUACUUUAGAGAGAGCAAAACCACAGGCGAUAAGUAUGAAACGGAGUCCUAGAGUAAAUCGAAAUACUAGUUUUCAAAACGAAACUGAGUCAAAUGGUGUAAAUGGUGGACUACGUGAUUCAUCGGAUAGUCAUUCCGUUUCUUCUACCAGUUUCAUAUCCGCUGUAUCGUCGCAAGAAGAUGUUACGCUUGUUAAUUUACAUAUGCAAGUAAAUAAGCCAAUUGUUGAUUCUCCACUACUUAUGUCAAGCUAUGUUAGCCAUUUAACUCAGAUACGUUGUUCAAAUUGGAGCCAAUCAUCAAUACCAGCAGGAGGUGCCGCAUUUACUACACCACUUUUUCAACGUACUGAAGAUGGUAGAUUAGUUUAUGUUGGUGGCAGAUACGUACCGAAAUUUGAAACUGUUACGGAAGGAUUUACUUCGCUAAAAAUGAUUACAAGGUCCGAUGGUUCACCUGUAGCUAACUCUUGUAAUAAAACUCCUACACAUCCAUAUCUUUGGGAUAGUACAACUAUUAAUCUUAUGGAGAGAGAAGAAGAUCAUACAACUCAUAAUAAGGAAGAAUUAUUAACUGUACAGCAUGAAAAUGGAUCACGAACGACGGUUAUCGUAAAGUUUAAGGGAGAUGUAGAUGUCAUGUUAAGCCCGAUGGUAUUAGAAUCUCUACAACGUUUUAUUGAUGCUAUCAUACCAACAUUAGCUACUUUACAUCCGCUAACAAUUCUCAAUCAUCUUCAUCAUGAAUGCAUUGGAAAAGUUGAAGAUGCUAAUAUUUUGAAACAAGACCAAAGUUUAUCCUAUUGGAGUCAAAUACAAACUAGUUCGAAACGAUCCACUGCUGAAAGAAAUAUUAAAAAUGGUCAAGGUGACGACAAACGUAAAAUUGCAUUACAAACAAACGUAUAUGAAGAAAGCAUUAUGACACAAAUACAGGGCAGUAUUAUUUUACCAAAGAUGAAUAUAACUUUAUUGCAAGCUUCUGUUGUUGAAGAAAUUAUAUCUUUUUCUGCUCUUGAAAAUAUUCGUGAUUUAACAUGUGUAUCACUAUUCGCCAUCUGUUUUGACGAUGUGACAGCAAGAUUUUAUAUUGGAAAACAAGCCCGAGAAGUAGUUCAAACGUUUCAUAAACCAGCUGUACUACCAAAUCAAAAAAAAGUUAAUAAAAUUAGCAAGGCAUUUUUACCUGGACAUCAAACUGCUGCUGUAGUUGCUGAUAUUGGAAGUGGAGAAACAGUGUAUAUAGAAACUUCUGAGAAACAACAAGAAGAAAUUUUAGUUACUUUAAAUAUAGGCAAAGCUCAUUCACAAUUACGUAGACUUAGAAACGAAUCAUCAAUAUUAAAAGAUGCUGUUAUAACAGCAAUUCCUGCUCAUUAUUCAAGAGUGUUAUUCACAUGUACUAGAAUAACUUCUCCACUAAAAUGUGUUGAUUAUUAUUUACCUCAAUUUACGGAUGACAAAGAAAAAAGUAAACAAUCUGGAUCUCCACAAGCAACAGAGGAAUUUACUCUUGGUAGCGGAGAAGAUAGAUUAGGUUUUAUAAUGUUUGAAUGUGGUUUAGAGGGUAUCAAAUUGAAAGUAGCAAAAAAAUCUCAGUUUGAAAAAGGAGAAAAUGGAAAUGAUAAUAAAAAGGUUGAUACUGAAAUAUUUUAUACGGAUAGCGUAAAAAGCCAGGAAGAACUGGACAAUGCAGCUGCUUCCACUGCACCUACAGCUGAACCAGAAACAGCUUCAACGAACUUGCAUAACGGAGCACAAAUAAAUACUAGUGCAACAUGUGCUAGUCUCGCGUCAAAAACAGGAAAUGGAAAUACCGUUUCUUGUGUCAUAGAAUUAAAAACAGUAUGGUUUAAUUUUGCAGCGCCGCCUCGCACACCUAUAACAAGAAAAAUUGAUUAUACUCGAUUAGAUUGGAAUUUAUUAAGUACUGCAUCACCUGCAAUAAAUGCUUGGAUGAAUCCUAGCAAUAAGUUUGCAAUUCGAAUUGUACACAUGUUUAGAGCUAUGUAUCGAAGAUCAACUGCUAUAGUUGCUUGUCUCAUGGCAGAGGCAUUAGAUGUUCAAGCGACACACAUGCCCACUAAAAGUCGUUACGGAAGAUUAACUCCAUUGGCUAAAACAUUACAAGAAGAUCCAUCUUGUCAAUUGUGUACAAUUUUACAAAAUUAUGUUUUAUUAAAUGAAUUAAAAAGUAUUGAAGCUAACUUAAAAGAAUCAGAUUUACCUUUGUUAUCAACACUUCGACAAGGAGUUAUAGUAUUGAGCAGACAAUGGAAGAAUGUUCUCUAUACUCCACUGUUAUUGGAACAUAAUUAUAAAACCAAACAUGUUAAACCAUUGAAUGUCACAUUUGCAGUUUCAGACCCAGAUGAGGAAAAUUUGCUGACUGAUGGUGAGGGUAGCGCAGGAGAAGUUGAUGAUCAGGAAGUCACAGAUGAAUGUGCUAUGUUAAUUCACACAGACCACAUGCACAAGCAUACACAUGCCAAAACUGGACAAGAUAAAAGUACAGGUAUUUGUGGUGAUGGUUUGACGGUUCCUGUAAGUUCUCCUCGGGGAAAAGACACAACCCCUAUAACAACACCGGUUCCAGGCCCGGAUUCAUUAACCUCUCCCUCUCCACCAGUAGUUCGUCUAAAGAAAGGAAAAUCAUUACAACCCACGCAAAUGCCUGCUAGCACAAGAGCAAGUAUUGUUUUUCCAUUGCUUGCAAGUGGUGGGUUAUUCAAUCAGACUCGGGAACCGAAUAAUAUAAGUUACGGUACAUUGCGGGAAGAGAAGACACCGCAAAUUCACAUUUCUCAUUCUCAUCAAUUGGGUUCUAAUCCAAGUAUCUAUUCUGGAGGUGGACAUGGUAGUCAACAUAGCACUGGAAGCUUAGAUCAAGUUACAUCUCCUACGAGUCAUCAUUCUAAUAAACCUUUAAAUACUGGUGAAGAUCUAUAUAGUUGGAUGGCUAAACAACAAGAAUUUAUAAAGGACAAUGAUAAAAGCAAUUUAAAAGGCAAUUGGGUCUUUCGUGCAGAGCAAAAGUCUUUAAAGGAUUCUAAGAUCAACACAAUGACAACAGAUGAUACAGAAGAUUCUGAUGUUCAUAGUGGUACACUUCUCUAUCCUAUGAAAGAUUCACUUAGACUUUUAGAUGCACAUUUAAUUUUUGAACCACUUCUGUCUUCCUUAUCUGUUAUGCCACAACAAAUGUUAUCUGCCAUUGGUUCAGGAAAUGUAAAUAAUGUAUCCUCUUUGGACUCAUUAGGAUCAAAUUUAUCUCUAGUAGGGAAUAUGGAAACUAUGCGUAUUGAUAUAGUUGUCAGUGAAUUCGGAAAAGUAACAGAUAAAAGAAAAGGUAAUAAAUAUCAAGCAAAGAAAGGAAAUUCAAAAUUUCAUUUGGAUAUACCACCGGAAACACCAGCAUUUUUAUGCGAGAAAAUCGGCAUUGAUAUUGACGUUAAGAAAAUGGCUGAUAUGACUGUGGAUGAUAUGAUUCAAAAGCAAACUGUAUUAUACAUAUCUCGGGGCCAAUUAAAAAAACAUACAAGUACAGUUGUGAAUUUUAGUUUAAAUAUACGAUACAUUAGUCAACAAGUCAACAUGCCUCUUCUCAGAUUGUUGCAUCAAAUUAGUAAUAUGUAUCAAAACGUCAAAGAAACGCAAAUGGAACUAAAAGAACAACAACCAGAAAACAAACGAAACAAUAACUUAAUUAUUAAUGAUACAGCAGUAAAAAAUGGGUCAUCUUCAACCUCUGAUUUACAAGAACAACUUCUGUUAGAAGGCAAAAAGAUAGAUGUCCCAUUACUUCGUAAUAGUUUCGAACCGAAUCUUUCGAGAGUUAUAUCACCUGGUGCAAGCAUUCGUUCUCGACCACAAAGUUUUGCUCAAAAAUUACGUAGUACAGGGAAGAGCGUGAAAGGAUAUAUCAAUUUGAGCGAAGGUGUAAUAACUCCCAAUUUUGGAGCGAGUCCAAGUGGAUCUGGUUUAGACAAAUUUUGUGUACUUCCCGAUAAAUGUAAAGAUACAACACAUUUAACGCCACGAUGCUGGAAAACGAUUUAUUACUUGUUGGAUUUGUACGCUACUCGGCCAGAGACCAAAACUAUUACACAUCGAUUUUCUAUACCAGCAGACGCUUCAGAACAUUAUAAAAGUGGUCGAAAAUAUGAAUUGUUGAAUGAAACGAAGGAUGUAGACAUUGAAAAAGGAUUGAAUGCUGAAAAUAGUUCAACGCCUGUACCACUUCCACGAGAAUUGAAUAUUGUUACGGGAGAACGAACGAGAUUAGUUAUUUUUGGUGUUGCUCGAAUACACAGAACCAGAUUAUUAGCUACACUCAGUGGAUUGAAACUUGAAGCAGAAAUAACGAGUCUUCAUGCAAGUUUCACUUGUCGUAAAAAAUCAAGACCUGCCAGCUUAGAGUGUAGUUUGACUGGUCAAAUUGGCAGAACAAUGAUAGUUUUAUUGGAAGGUGUUGCACCUAAUCAACAAACAGUUGUUAAAGUAACCGUAGGCAAGUCGCAAGCUUUAUAUUCGAGUAUAAGCAGGCGACAAAAAGAUAAGAAUAGUGGAUUACUGACUGUUGGUGCAGUCAAUAUAGAUAUUCCACAACAUCCAGUAGCUUUACAUGGUAUGAUGACCAGAGGGAGUAAACAAUUAUCAUCGACUUUGCAAGAACUUAGGGUAACAAGAACUUCUUCAAGAAUGUCUAGAGGUCAACAGCAGGAUGACGUGGAUACAGGAGUACCUGGUAGUCCACAUCAUUAUGCGCCAGCACCAUCAGUUGAUUUAGAAAAACCACAAGUAGUAUCUAGCUUGUUAGAACCGAUUGUAAUGCAAUUUCAUAUAAUAUUUCAAAGUUUGAGUAUAACGGCAGCUCUGCUACCAUCUUUACAAGCACAAUACAAAAUGGAUCAAGUAACUAGUUCCGGCAUAACUGGUAGUAAAGCUAAAUUUACAAUAGACUUACCUCAUCAUACCCUGAGUUUCACGACAAAACUUCAAGUGACUGAAGCAAAUUUACCUUCUGAAGCUAGUAUUGAACUUCCCAAAGUACACGUAUCGGCGGAAUAUAUACAAGAUGGUAACAGUAACAUGAAUGAUAGUAAAUUAGCUGAUGGUGUUGUAUUAAGACAAGGCAGUUAUCUUAGUGCAACGGCAGAUAUUGGUGUUUUCGAACAUUCACUGACUACAGAUCUUCUUAAUCACCUGGUAUUCGUGCAAAAAGUGUUUAUGAAAGAGGUAAACGAAGUUGUACAGAAAGUUUAUGGCGGAGAGAAGCCAGUUCCUUUGUGGUUAGAAGAUGAAGAGCCAAGCAGUGCAGCUGUAAAAAGAAUAUUGUUCACAUUAAUUAUUCGCAUUAAGAGAAUACAAUUAACUGCAACAACUCCAACAAAUUCGGCGGUUCGAUUGGAAACUGGAGCUGUUGAACUCCAAUUAUCUAACAGAGUACAAAAUGUCUCUGGUGCUACUCAACCAAAUCCAUACAUGAAGUUGUUUGGGAAAGCACAAGUUGAUAUUAAUUUAAGUCUUGGUCAAUUGUUAAAGAAUGUUUUAUUUGAAGAAGCAGAGCCAGAAUUUCAGCAGUUUGCCUUUUUUAAUACCAGAGUAGGUUUACGAAAUGCUUUUCAAGAAGAAAUGGUACAAGGUGAAGAAAAGGAAGUGGUAUUAAUUACACUAAAGCGUCCAUUAAUAUAUGUUCAACCAAUGGCUAUUGACAAAGCUAUACUUGUUUGGCUAAAUUAUAAAAACGCGUACGAAUAUUGGAAUGAGAAAAGAGCUAAUUUAAAUAAAGAGGUUUUAACCGCUACUCAACAAGUAUUUGAAAAAGUUCCAUUUGGUCAAAUAACGAGUCAAUUAAGUGCUCCUCAUUUGGGAACACUAUUUUUACAAUUGACUGUAGAUGAUAUGGGUAUUUGUUUACCACUUAAUCCUUUACCACCUACCUGGGGUAUGAAUAGAGGAUUGUACGAUGGCGAAUCAAGAGGUGCUGUAGUAGUGACGUUAGAAAAUACGAGCAUAUCAGCAUGCAGCAGCGGUAGCUUAGUUAGUAAAGCAAGGUUUGUAGGUUUGUGCUUAAGAUUUGCUGAUGACUUUGAAACUUCUCUGGAUGAUUGGAAACCAGAUGUAUCUGAUAGUAGUAUAAUGAAUUUAUGUAUGGUAUCUGAAGGCACUUAUGAAGUAUGUAGUAGAACAAUUGCACAAAAACAAGACAAAUCUGACAAUGCCAAGUGGAUUUUAAAUGUACAAUGGCAAAUGGAAGGUGUUGAUAUUCAUUUAGAUGUUAAUGUAGGACAACAACUGUCGGCACUUGGGCAUACACUAACAAUGUUGACUGGUUCUGAAGAAGAUGAUAUUCAUGUACCUGCAGAUUAUGAUAGCGAUGAUGCAGAUCAACCAGAUAAUAGUACUAGCCAGGUUAAGAAAAAAGAAAGUAUAUUAAUGAAGAAAUCCAAAAAUUGGACGGAUAGUCUACCAGCGUUUGUUUUUGAUCCUACGCUUGAUGCGAAAAAGAGAUCGAAAUUAAUAGAAAAAGAGAUGAAUGAACAGGCAAAAAUUAUCAACGAUCUACGAUCAUUAGGUGCUUCUCAUGGAACAAUAGAACAAGAAAUGAAGCGUCUACAUGAGUUGGAAGCUAUGGUUUUCAAGGACUUUAGAAGAGAUAUGAUUCAAAAGUUAAGGAGGCAGUCGGUUAAAGCUUCAGGAAUAAAAGGGAAAUUAGGAUUAGGAGGGAAACCGAAUACGUAUCGAUCGCGUUCGUUUAUCGUACCAUCGCCAACACUUGAAAAUCAGCUCGAAAGUCCUGAAGAUAUGAAUUUAGAGGUCAAUUCAGCAAAUUCUGCUAGUUAUGAAAGUAGUCCUAGAAGUGGCCCAAGCCGAUCUGCCUCCCUUCGUGUGAGAGGACUAGGUGGACCGCGGGUUACUUUUAGUGACACGCAUACAAUGGGCAGACAAUCAUCACUUCCAAGCGCUGGUUCUGAGUUAAGUUUGCCAGAAGGAGAAUUAGAAUGGCCAGAAACUAUCGAAAUAGACGGAGAACGAGUUGAAUUGAGAAAGAAAAGCAGAGAUAUCAGUUACACUUCGAGUUAUGACAGUAUGGAAGGAAAUGCACCACUACUUGAUUCGUUUGGAAAAGAACAAUCUUCGUCAACUUCGUCACCAUACAUAACACCUCAAAAAGCUCAAGAGCCUAACAUAGAUUUUGAACUUGAUGUAAAAGUUCUAAUUAAUAGUGGUAAAUGUGUACUCCACACGAAGGAUCCAGGAAAAGAAGAUGAAAUUAAAAUUAUGAGUAGAAUGAAGAAAGAGCGAUCAUGUUCAGGAGGUACAUUUGAAUUUCAACCAAGCAGCCCUAGUAGUAGCAGGAAACACUUAAGUAGUAAAGAAAAAUCAUCCACCACGAGUACUUCUCGAUUACGAUAUUUACAACACACAAAUGUACCCUUAGUAGAUUUAACAAUUUUUCAUAUUCCUGGCUUAGAUGUAAAGGUACAUUAUGAAUCUAGAACACUUCCAGAGGAAUCUGUAUCUCCUCGUGUAUCAUCAGACAAUAGCUUGCUUAAUCCUUCAUCAGUAACCGCGUUCAAAAAGUCUAGUACUAAGAAGGCUAGUUUAUUUGCUUGGAUGACUCUUCAAAGUAUACCAGAAGAAACUAUAAUAAGUCCACAUAUCCUCGAAUUUUUGGAACAAACGUUAGAACCAAUACCAAGCAAAACUCAUUUUCAUAAUAAUGCACAAACGAACGCAGUAUUUCCAGUGGAAAAUGUGGAAAGUACAUCCUGGGCUGCUACAGCAGCAAGUAGCAAUUAUGUUUACGCGAGUUUUCCUGUUGAUGUGAUAGUAUAUUUUCAUAUGCAACCUUCUACUUUUAGAUUUUCUUGUUUACCGGUCUCUCGGGUUGAAUGUAUCUUGCAAUUGCCGUCCCUUGAUAUAGUGUUUUCGUCCAAGCGAGCAGAAGAAGAACUUACAGAGUUUCGAGAGUACAAAUCUCCAGGUACACAACCUACUGGAUCAGCGAUUGGUGGACUGUCAGUCACCGGAUGUCUUGCUGAUUUUUCUGUUUAUAUUUUUCAUCCGUAUGGUGGCGGAAAGAAAACUGGUUUGAAAGAAGCACAAUGGUCACCUUUAUCUGAUAGUGAAAGAAAAGAUUCUUUAAGUAUCAACGUCGCAUUUGUAAAAUUUCAUAUGUCGAGAAGUCGCAAAUUAAAUUUCCAAAGUGAACAAUCAAAGAAGAUGUCAGAUACCAGCCGUGCAGUUAUUCGAUUUUCCACAAUUGUUGACAUCGGAUCCGCCUCGUUUAAAUAUGAUAUGCGACGAUUAAGUGAAAUUUUGGCUUUUCCGAAAGCAUGGUAUAGACGUAGUAUAGUACGUCGAUUGUUUCUGGGAGACUUAAGUUCAGGUACCGCAUAUUCUGAAGGUGAUGGUAGUCCUUCUCUAAAUCAAGAAGAAGCAGUUAUGGGUAGCUCUCUAUUAAAACAUUACGAUCGACACGGUGUUGAUGGAUUAUCGAAAAGUGCUCCAGAACGAAGUCCAACUUUGAAUAGGGACAAAUUAAGAUUGAGUUUAGAAAGUGAUAUACCGAAACAUGCACGAUUAAAAGAUAUUGGUAGAGGAUGGAGUUUCACAUCUGAUAAACAAACAUCAGAACUUAAAUUAAGAGAAUCUGCAUGGGAAACAUUAGUACUGUUUGCCAUAAAUUUUACACGUUUGAAUGUUCACAUGAACAUGGGUAAUGUCAUGGGCAAUGUUACAUGGAUGACAAAAGAUUUUAGAUCCGAUGGAAGAUUGUCUAUAGGUAGUACUGGACAUAAGAAUUUAUAUAUAGGCGUUGGAUUGGGAGGUUCUAGUUUGGAUGCAAAGGGUGGUAUUGUUGGCGGUAUCAUUGAAUUGAGUGAAAUUGAUACAUAUAUACACAUUCGAGAAGAACCUGGUAUAGAACCUGAUCAUACUGUAGGCUUAAAACUGUUUGCAUUGGAGUUGCGAUUGGAUUAUAUGGGAACCAGUGUAUUGAUGUCUAGAGUAUCAUCAUUGGAUGUUACAUUGAGAGAUGAAUGGAAAAUUAAUCGUAAUAAUAGUGGGGAUGCCUUUAUGCCAACGAGAAGGCCUGCGGUAAUUUUUAUGCAUGGAGACUUGGGAUGGGAUCAAUUGCAAAUUAUGAUUAGUAAAUCGACAACAGCGGAUUUAUUAAAAAUGUACUAUAAAUUAGAUGAAUUUUUCAGUCAACAAUUUAAAAGUAGCAAACGAGUAUUUAGUUCCUUACAACCAAAGCAUCAAAGAGUAAAUAACACUAGCUUUAGAAAAAGAACACAGAAAAAGAAAACUACUAAUGAAGGUCCAUGGAACACGAAUCAAGCAGUUACAAUGUCAGAUGCUCGUCAUCACAGACAUUGGCAAGGUGUAUUAGCCCAAGUUGCUGGCCUCCAAUUAGGUAGUUUAAGCUUUUCUUUACCAUCAACAGGAACUGUACUUGGAGGAACAAUGGAACUUCACGGAUGUAACAUUAGUUUAGCGUGUUUCCAUGGAAUUAAUUUCAAAAGUAAAAGUUGGGCAAUAUUUUCGCUAAAAGAACCGUGUAUCAGUUUCACUACUGAAGCUCAAGAAAUUCCAAGCGUGGAAUCCCCAAAUACGCGCGAUGUUCAUGUUGUGCAAACAUUAACCAUCAGUUUAGGCCAACAACAAGAGCAACAUGCAAGACAUCACUCUAUGGCUACUGUUUGCAAAUUAAGUCGUAGCGUAUUGUUCCCACCACAAUUUAAAUCAUUACAAGAAUGGUUUCAUUAUGCAUUUGCUAGUAGUGAAAUUGACGCUGUAGAUCGAUUUCCAUGUGUUGAAAGAGAACGAACAGAUAGCACAUCUGAUAGCGGUAAUAUAACUCGUGGAAGAAGUACAGCAGCAUCUUCUGGAAAAUUACAAGAACAUUCUCACGGAAGGGAAGUUAUAUUUGCUCUACCAUCAUUGCAAUUACAUCUAAAAACUGAACAUCUUCAAACUGCAAAAACUCCAGUUGUUAUCGGAGCUCCUAAACAUAUAUUAUAUAGUGAAAAACCACUAGUCGAAUGUAGUUUCAUUACCGAAUUCGAGGACCACAUUUUCGUUACGGUAGACGCAGAGGCCUUUUUCUUCCUUCAUGAUUUAAUUACUUCAUACGUUAAGGAGAAAGAGAAAGUGAACAUGGGUGCACGAGCGCAUAGUCCAGAUCCUCAAGAAAAGAAAGGCGGAACUACGAACACUGCCAGUACUUCCGCUACAACGACGAUCACUUCCGAAGAUGAAAAGAAACGUAAACAGUUCGAUCCAGCAGAGAUGUUUAUAAAAGAUUGGCGAUCGUACAGGUGUAAAACAUGGCACGUUGAACCGACCGUAAGAUUGCUUUCGUGGGCUGGUAAAAGCAUCGAGCCUUAUGGAAUAGAUUACAUCUUGCAAAAAUUAGGAUUUUCUCAUGCCCGUACAACGAUACCGAAAUGGAUUCAACGAGGUUUUAUGGAUCCACUAGACAAAUUAUUGGCCAUUCUAAUGUUAAGAAUGGUUUCAGCCGUUCGGGAAGAAUCGUCAGAAGAAAAGGAGCAUAAACGAGAGAAACAGUGAGUCGGGAUCAUGAAAGUAGACGUUCAGAUGGAGGGAAGAAGAAAAGAAUGAAAGGUGGAACCGUACAAUAAUCGUCCAAGAUAAUAAUGUCCGCAAAUUUUUUGUGCAAACUGGUAAGUGAGAUAGAUACCGAUAAAAUCAUUGUUUCUUUACAUUAUAUAAACCGGACGUUGAAUAAUAUGAAUUUACUAAUAAUAAAAGUGAUUAGAGAUCAGUUCAAUGUAGGAAUCGAUAAACUCUUACACGCGAAAUUGAUAUUUUGAGAGUGUAUGUUUGAAAGGAACAUUUGUAAGAAGCGUGUUAAUAGGGUGCAAAUGUAAUCAAGCAAAUGUAUAUUAAUUAUAUUAUAUAGAUACAGGUUUUAUCGUCAUCGAUGAUUUCGUUCGAAUGUGUUACAUAUUGCACAGAACGCCAAGAGCACAUCAACGAGCGCUAGACGACAUAUGUGUAUUGACAAUGCGUUUUUAACAACGCUUCGUUAUAUUUUCAUAAAGUAAUACGAAAGAAUUUUUGUUCGAGAAAACAGAAAUUCGUCUCAAAAGCCGUUCACGACCGUAAUCUAUAUAGCAUUGUAUUGAUACGCGUUUCGAAUAGGACGUUUAGUCUAUCGAAAACAUUUAACGAGUUUUCAGCUUUAGAAUUUUAUAAAUUAUGUAUUAUGUGUAGAUAUUAGCGUUUAAAAAAAAAAAAAGACUUAAACCUAGGUAAAUACUGAAACGAUUGUACGUGUUAGAAAAAUCGAGAACACGAGGCAGAAUGCUUUCCUAGCUUGAAACUUUGCAGCUUUCUUAGCACGUACUGAUUUCGAAAGAUUUGUCUUUCUAUAAAUUGCUCACGCGAUUACGCUUACAUUCUUAAGAUUAUCUUUUUUUUUUUUUUUUUGUAAUCAUCGUUUUCCCUUUCUUAGUUUAAGUACAUAGUUCUCGGCAGAUGGGUUUAAAGCUUACAAUAUAAUGUUAAUAAUGUUAAUCGAUACCAGCCACGGCAUUUUUGCUCAUUUUUUUUUUUUUUUAAGGAUAAUUUGCGUGAAUCCUAUAACGUAACGAUAAUUUAUUUUUUAGUACGACGAACUAAAGGUCUUCGUUUAAUUCUACGUGAUGUACGUAUCUCAUUUGUGCAUAUUGAAUUAUUACUGUGUAAUGUAAUGUAAUAUAUUUUUGUGCAUACAUCGCGCGAUUGUUUUCGCAUAAGUAUUUAUACACACACACACACACAUACAUACACAUACACACACUGAUGCCAAGUUGCACUUUCAAAACGAUGAAAUAACAAAGCUGGUACAUAUUAGACUUAAGUUGUUAAUUAUAGGACACUGGAUUUCAAUGUAUACAUACGCUGUAUUUUAAAUGAAAUGUAAAAAUCGUUUGUAAACGUGAACGUUAGAUGAUACGUAAAAGAGGCAAACAAUCGGUGUGUAUCGUUGUUCAAGCGUCUUUUUUCAUUCGAGGGAGCGCUAUAGGCCCACCGAUAAUAGUUGCAAAGAUUAGUUUCAUUCGGUUCAGUCUUCCUACAGCACUGCGUAAUUUUAAGUGCGAAUUUAAUUGCAAUUUAAUUGUUUUAGAACAACUCUAAGCUGUUUAGUCGAAUUUUUUCUAUAUGUAAAAAGAAAGAAAGAAAGAAAAAAAACAAAAAACAAACGAUGGUAGCGGUAUAUAUCGGUAUGUUUCUAUAUAAUAUAUAAAAGAAACCGAAAUGUUUCUUCUAGAUUGCAUAUAGUGAUUCUGAGCUUUUUAUUGUUAACGACCGCUGAUAACGCAAUAAUAUCUAUCUAGAAGAUAGAAAGUUGAUCGAUUAUGAAUUUCGAAUUUUUUGACGACAAACGUAUAUGUAUAUAUACGUGUGUUACAUGCGUGCCGAGUUCGUAUCGUAAUAUACGUAUAUACUUUUCCAUACAAGUUCCGGCAAUCCGCGUAAAUUUUGAUUGAAAGUAUUGUGCACUGAUGUUGCAAGACGCGCGUUGUAAAAAAUAUUCCAACAUUGAUAGACAAGAUAGUUAAAAUAGACUUAAGUAAAAUUGUCGUACAUGUAUUUAUUCCUGAGAUGUUCCAUACUUGAAUUUCAAUUUAAACGAACAAAACAACGGGAAAUAUGUUCCUUUAAGUGUAUAACGUAUAGACAGAAAUGUUAGCGAAUGUAAUAUUAUUCUUAGUUGAUCCAACGUUGUCGAACGUUGCCCGUUUAAUUUAUUCACAAAUUUAUACAAAUUUUUCACCGGAACUUGUAUCGCGUGCAUGUAUAUUUGCUCACAGUUACGACUUCUUCGCGCGUGACAUUCUCUAUUUAAAGAA